UUUCAGGCAAUGUGUUCUCAUCGGCUGGCAAUAGCAAAACUAGUUCGUGAAUUUAAAGAACCACUUUUUUCUCAUUCGUCACAAGUUUCUCGUCAAAAUAAACAGGAGCUUUGGGAGUAUAUUAGGCAACAAGCAGUUGAUCAAGGAGCUUCCCAAUAUGCGAGGAAAUCGUGGAAAGAGAUUCGAGAUUGUGUUUGGGCUCCUAUUAGACGUGACACAAUGGCUAAACUGAACAAGGCUAAGACAGUUGGUGAAGACUCUGUUGUUUUUACUGAGAUCGACAAAAUUGUUAUUGAAAUAAUUAGCACAAUAGGGCUUAUGGGGUGGAGUGCUGAAGAUGACGUUAGAUCUCCGAUGGAUAUCUUUAUGGAGAAUGGCUUUAAUGAUAAUAUCUCUCACCAGCAACAGUUUUCCCGGGAUAAUACAGUUUCUUCUGGUUGUAUUAACGAUAAUAGGGAUAACUCUGAUGACGAUAUUACUGAGAUCGAGGGAAAGCCUUGUGAUUCUUUAAGUCAAAUGCUUGAAUUAAUUCGUGAAACGCCCAUGGCAUCAAUGAAUUCUAAAACAUGCUUCGACAGAAAAGAGAAUGAAAAUGGAUUUAAGAACAGAGAUCAAGAGCGUCAAAUUUCAGCAUCGUCAAAGAGUCAAUUCACUGAGGAGCAAUAUCCACAAAAUCCUCAUAAAAGAAAAGCCUUAGAUCAGCAAUCAAUUUUUCUAAAACCUUCAGAGUCACCUGUAUUUGUGCCUUCAUAUGAUUCUGACACUGAGUUAGACAAGGCUAUAAAACGUGCAAAGUUGGAACAACUCGAGUUGCAAAAAAUUCUCUUAAAAGAACAGAUAGAGGAAAAACGUUUACAGAAUCAACUUUUGCAGAUUGAACUUAAAACGAAGAGAGGAAAGUAA